UGUCAGUGUGUUUGUUGCUGGAGAGAGCCAGGUAGCAGCCGGAUGAUCCCAAGAGAUCCUAUUUAAACAUACGUUGGCUGGAGUCCCGUUUCUGCUGCUUAAUUGAGGACUUGGCAGGGCGGCCAACAAAAUGGAUGAGCAAAAGGAGAUUACAAAGUGGAAGUCCUUUCGAGCAAAGACCAAACCCUUUCUGCAGAACAUGAAGGGCAAGAUGUCAAGUAAAGGGAAAGCAGGAAAACAGCGACACCUCUUGGACCAGCGGAUGAGCGUGUCGGAACCAGAUAUGUUACAGGUGGGCAAGAGCUUCGGUGAGAGCUGCUCACGUGUGCUCGUCCAGUCCCCUGCUCUCAAUUACUACAGCAGUCCCUCCACCCCAGUUAAGAAAACAGAUGAAAGUAAUGAACAGACCGUUCUCCAAGAAGCUGCGGUACCAUCAGGGGACACUUGUCAACCAACAAAUUCCAGCACUGAGAAUGAAACAUUUGCACCCAUUGAAUCGUCCACAUUGGUGAAGGAAUCCGGCAGAAAUGACAUGGAAACCACGCUGGAAAGGAACUUUGCGGAUGAAACAACAGAAGGAAAGUCUGCGGAGGAACUUAGUGAAGGUACUGACCUGGAGUCUUCACAAAGUUCAAUGUUCUUCGAGGAGCAGGCCUCAGAACAAUAUGAAGGGAAAAGUAGUGAUUCGUCAUCAUUCCGUAUACCCUCGUACCUUCUGACGAUUCACCUGAAGGAAGGACGGAACCUCGUGAUACGGGACCGCUGCGGUACAAGCGAUCCCUAUGUCAAGUUUAAACUUGCCGGGAAGACUUUGUACAAGAGCAAGAUUGUAUAUAAAAACUUAAACCCCCGAUGGGAUGAAACGUUUGUGGUUCCAGUCAAGAACUUAAAUCAAAAACUUUAUGUCAAGGUGUAUGACCGAGACUUGGCCACAGAUGAUUUCAUGGGUUCUGCAUAUCUCACUCUGAAUGAUCUUGAAAUAAACAGUGUUGUGCAGAAGGAGUUGCAGCUUGAUGAUCCAAAUAGCCUGGAGGACUACAUGGGGGAAAUUGUCCUGGAGAUAAAACUAAUCAACAAACCAAGUGAAAGCAGCAAAAAAUCCAGUCAUAUCAGGAAGAAACGAGGGACAUCCACAAAGGCUGGCUUUAUCCAGAACAUCCGCUUGUCUGAUUCCCUUCGGAAGAGCCAGCUGUGGAACGAGAUUGUUGGCAUUACCCUGUUUGAGGGGAAGGGGCUCCAGGAGAAGGCAGCUGAAGAAUGUUACGUUAAGUUCAGACUGGGCGACGAAAAGUACACAAGCAAGUCACUCCAGGCCUUGUACAAGUGCACAAACCUUCAAUGGAGAGAGAGGUUUCAUCUCCAUCUUUUCAACGACAGGACAAAUAUUUUGGAAGUUGAAGUCUGUGGGAAGAAUGGUCUAAAGCAGGAAGAAAGCUUUGGCGUAUGCAAGGUUGACCUGUUGACGUUGCCCAAGGGACAUAACAACCAUUUGGAACUCAUGCUGGAGAACGGACAAGGAUCAGUGGUUUUACAGGUCAUGUUUGCAGCUUGUAGUGGAGUCUCCAUCUCUGACCCAUGUGUCAGCCUGCUGGAUGAUCCGACUGAGAGACAGCAGAUCCUUAAGAGAUAUAGUUUGCGAAACUCUUUCCGGGAUAUGAGUGACAUUGGCUUUCUUCAAGUCCAAGUGAUUAAAGCCUGUAACCUACCGGCUGCAGAUUUCGCAGGAAAGAGUGAUCCAUUUUGUGUUCUGGAGCUGGGAAAUGAUCGACUACAAACUCAUACUAUCUACAAGAAUCUCAAUCCUGAAUGGAACAAAGUUUUCUCAUUUAAUAUUAGGGACAUCCAUGAUGUCCUGGAAGUCACGGUCUAUGAUGAAGAUGGGGACAAGCCGCCGGACUUCCUCGGCAAAGUUGCAAUACCUUUGCUCUCCAUCAAGAAUGGUCAGCAGACUGGAUAUGUACUGAAGAACAGAAAGCUGGGACAACCAGAAAAAGGAGUUCUUUACUUACAGAUGGACAUUAUCUCUAACCCGGUUAAAGCAAGCCUCAGAACUUUUAAACCAAAGGAACCAAGGAAAUUGGAAGAAAAUCCCAAAUUUUCAAAAAAGGUGUUAACCAGGAACCUUAGACGAGUCCGGAAUAUCACCAGGACUUUAUGGAGCACAGUCUGUUACAUACAGAGCUGUUUUGAGUGGGAAUCUGCUCAGAGAAGUUUAAUAGCCUUUCUGCUGUAUUUGGUGAUUGUCUGGACGUUUGAGAUCUACAUGCUCCCACUUGCACUCCUGAUGAUUUUUGCCUGGAACUACAUUCAGAUUGCCAGAGGGAAGGUUGUCAGCCAGCAGUACAUGGAGGAUGAAGAUGUUGAUGUUGAUGAUGAUGAUGAGGAUGACGAGAAGGACUCUGAAAGAAAAGGAUUAAUGGGCAAGAUCCACAAAGUUCAAGAUAUCGUCAUUAGUGUUCAAAAUGUCCUGGAUGAAAUAGCAUCGUUUGGUGAAAGAGUUAAAAACACAUUCAACUGGUCGGUCCCGUUCCUGGCCAAGCUUGGCUGCAUUGUGCUUGCGGUUUGCACAGUCGUGUUGUACUUUGUCUCACUGAGGUACCUCUUGCUGAUCUGGGGCAUACACAAAUUCACUAAGAAGCUAAGAAAUCCAUACACCAUCGAUAAUAAUGAGCUACUUGACUUCCUCUCCAGAGUUCCAUCAGAUGUCCAAAAGGGUUGUGUCAUUGGAAUCACUGGAUAUGAGAAGGAUUGGCUUCUUAACAAAAAAAGCAUCAGCAAGGAUUUGCAAGCAAGACUCAACAGCCAACACAUUGAUGACAACGGAACACAGGCAAGAAACUUGUUUCUUUGCUUGCUCAGCAUCAUAUGAAGCUCCGUCAGAUUUGAGAGGGAUUCCACUACAUUUCUCAGACUGCAGAUGUACCAAGAAUAUAAAUCAUUAGAUUUCACUUCUGUUUUAUAUCUUGUUAAUUUUCUUAAAGCGACUGUGCUUCAGUCUACAGGUCAAAAGUUAAUUUGGUUACCUACCAAAACCUUUGAAUGUAUUGUUUCCGACCACUGUAUCAGAUGUCAUAGUGGCCUUGUUAUGAAACUGUGUUGAUGUCCUUCUUAAAUGGAUUUCUGCCUUGUUUGCUGAAUGGAUUAUGGACCCAGGAGUUGUACAUCUGUGAAAGGGAGUUGAAGUGCUAAGCAGCUAUUCACUCAUGAUUUACAUGCUGUUUAUUUACAAGUUAAACAUUUUUGCUCCAGAGUUCUUGAAGUGUCUGAUGAAAGUUUGGUUUUCCUUGUUACCGCAAACACCUAUAAGAGGAGUUAUUGGCCCUGGUGCUAAAUGGGAAAGGAAAUGUUUCUGAAUGAAGUGAUGGAAAUUGUGGAAAGGAGCAGGCGUUACAACUCCUGGGGCUUCAUGGAAACGUACCGUGAGAAGUGAAUGAUGGAGAUGGUAGAGCAGAUCAGGGAGCCAUGAAGAGAAGGUGAGGAUUCAGGUAACUCUAUCCUUGCUCUAUUUGGGAGGGGGAGGGGAUGAAAGGUACAGGAAAAAAAGAUGAGAUGCUGUUGAAAACUCCAUCCACUCAUGGUAGAAGUGAAACCAAGGUUAAGGAAAGAUCUCCCUUUGCUAUUGUUUUAAAAAGUACACCUACUUCCCCUCAUUUAAAGGGGCUUUGAUAUCCACAAUAUAAGGCACCAAUCAAUUAAGGCAACAGGUAUCAUCUACAGGCCCACAGAAUAUCUCAACCAUAUCUCCCACCCUGCCUCCUGUGAUUACAUUCGGUUCUCCCAGUUCCACUAUCUCCAUGAUAUGAUGGCAAAACUUACCGCACAGCUGUGUUUGAUAACUCUUCCAUUUUCCUUAACCUUGGCCUCCCUUCUACUGUGAUGGAAGACACCAAAUCUUUUUCCUGUACCCCUCAUCCCCUCCAAGACAGAGCAAGGACAGAGUUACCCUGGUCCUCACCUUCCCUUUGUGGCUCUUCCAUCGCCAUCAUUCACUCCUCCUGCUACUUUCCCAGGAGAUGCAACACUGGCUCUUUUACCUUGUCCCUUCCCACCAUCUAGAGACCCAGAGAAGCAAUGUUUCACCUAUACUUCAUCCAAUCAAGUGUACUGCGUUCGGUGUUCAAGACGCCACUCCUCUGCAUUGGAGAACCCAAAUGCAGAUUGGGUGACCAAUUUGUGGAGCACCUCCACUCAGUCCACAGGGGCAAUCCUGAGCUUCAACUUGCCUCUCACUUUAAUUUUCCACCCCUUUCCCCCCUCUGAUCCGUCAAUCUGUGGCCUUCUGUAUCAUUUCAACAAAAGCUUGAGGAACAGCAUCUCAUCUUCCGGCUUGACAUUGUCACAGCCUUCGGGAAUCGAUGUCAGGUUUAACAAUUUCAGAUAACUUUCUUGCUCUAUUUGUACCAGGACUGGCCAUCUCUGCUGUAAGGUUGUCCAUCUGCAAUGUUCUCCCUCCGUGGACACUGAUCUGCUGGUCAUUUCAACAGUUCCUCUUUGGUUUCUGGUUUCAGCCACAGCUCAGACCUGUAUUUCACACCUUUAACAUGUCCCUUUGUUUGCUUCCUCUCUCUCCAAUGCCCUCAUGAAUCUAUCAACCAGAUGGCUCUGUAAACAUUGGGAUCACCAUGGCAAUCCUGGCCUCACCCUAUUAAAGAUACUCCAUCCAUUCCUUCCCCCACCUGCUCUGCACCUGAAAAAUAACUCACUUUCCACAAUCCCAAAGAGGUGUCUUUGGCCUGAAACAUUAACUCAGUUUCCCUUUCCACAGAUGCUGACUGACCUGCUCAGUGUUUCCAGCAUUUUCUUUUGUUUCAUUUCAGAUUUCUAGCAUCUGCAGUUUUUUUUUGCUUUUCGAUUAUUGAUUCUAACACCUGCAUGCUGGAAACUGAAUUGGGGGGGGGUGGGGGGGGCACGGGCAAUCAAUUCAAAUGAGGGGACUGACUCAUAACCUGUGCCACCCCACCGCAUCCUAAUAUAAGCAACCAGGUACAAGCAACUGAGCAGGAUACAAGCAGCAAAGCAGGUGGGCUUCUGGUUUCUACAGAUCAUGUCCUGAGGAGUGGCAUAGGAUGUGAGGUAAUUCAAGCCAUUCCUGUUGUGUAGGAUGUUGAUACUGUGAAGUGCCACUCUUCCCUCUCAGCAGCUGCAGGUACUGCCAAGAAAUUCCCCAUCCCUUUUCACUGUUGAAAUUUUCCAAAGAACAAAACUUGAAUAUAAAGUUGCUUUGACAUCAGAGUUACUGUGGUGUGUCUACAAAUUUAGCGAUAGGUGGUACACUGUAUAUGACCACUAGGACGUCUCCAAUGCUGCAAAAUCAAUUUCUAGAGUGGGCAGGCCUAGUCUCAGGAAGGGGACAACCCUUUUGGACUAGAAUACUGAGAAUUCUCUUUACUCAGAGAGUUAGUAAUCUCUGAAUUCACCCCCAUCCCCACCACCCCAGAGAGCUGUGGAUGCUCAGAUGUUGAGACCUUUAGACGCUGAAGGGAUCAAGAGGUAUGGUGACAAAUGGGAAGGUGGACAAGAUAUAAGGUCAGCCAUUGAAAGGUGGAGUAGACUUGAGGGGGGAAAAGGAGCUGCUUCUACUUCUUAUUAUGGAAGCUGACUGAUAACGUAUAAGUGAUCUUUUACCUUUCUUAUCAAAUUCUACCUAGUGAAGAUGAGUCCAGAUUGAUAGAAGCUGCAAAUCCACAAUUUGUAGCCAUAUUUGAAGGGCUGACUUUAAAUAUCCCAUCAAUACAUCUAUAGUGUGGGCCAGUGCUGAAUCUAUUUUGCACUGUUGUUUUAACAUGAGAAAUUUAUGGCAACAAAAGGGGCAGGAACUGUUUUGGUUUAUCAUGAACAAUCCACAUUUAAACAAAAGCACACGAUUAAUAAACUAUGAUGUAAGCAGAAUUUUGUUGAUGCUAUGGAUAAAUAUUUCCUCAAAAAAGAUACUUAAUGAUAUGCAUUUCGUUAGUACCUUUUGAUGUCACUCAUAUAACUUAAACUGCUUCGCACACAAUGAGCUGUGUUAAAUCGCCGUGAAUGCUUUUUUUGCAGGCAAAAUGGCAGCCAUUGUCAUACAGGCAACUCCAUCAGAAGUAACGUCACUGCUAAUUCAUUUAUUGAUAUUCUGUUAGUGGAAAUAGAAAUAAAUUACUUCCACGAUGCAGAAAAGAAACACUUGGCAUUGUAGAUUUUUUAAAUUAUUUAUUAGAGGAAAUUUGAAUCUUGUACGGCUGUGGAAUUGCUAACUCUAAAACCUGUAGCAACCUAUUGUAAAAAUUAUAGUGUGGAUAAUUUGCUCUCAUCCUUUUUACGAUCUUUUUCAAUAAUUCAGUAUUCACAAGAGUAACCAAAUGUUUGAAAUACAUGUUGUAAUGAAUGAUUGUGAAAUUUAUAAUGAAUGAAAAAUUUGUACAAACA